AUGGAAGGAAUUUUAGAUAAAGAUUAUAAUAACAAUAAUUUAAUAGAAGUAAAAAUCAACACAGAUGUAAAUACACAAGAAGUUUCUCAAAAGUCCAUUAAACCACAUAAUGGGAAAUCUAUAAAAACAAUAAUUUGUUCACCAAACUUAAAAUAUGUUGCAACCUUUAGUGAAGAUGAUAAUUCAAUUGUUGGAUGGUUAGUUGAUGAUGUACAUUUGAAAAAUGAUAGAAGAUUAGAACCAGAAACAUUUUUUAGUCCUUCCAAUGUAUCACAACAAAAUGGUCAAUCAUCAAAUAUACCAAAGAUAACUUCUAUAAAAACAGUAUCUGACCAAAAAUUUAUUGUUUUUGAAUCUAAUCUAGAUAGUUGUUAUUAUCUAUUUGUAAUUUCAUAUGAGAAUGAUCAAAUUUAUUUAUUUUCAUUGAAUUCAAAUGAAAAAAUCAGUGAAUUAACAUGUAAAACAACAUACAGCAUAAUUUUACCAAAACUAACAGCUUUUGAUCAUAAUAAUAAUGUUGCAAAAUAUUUUGUCAUCGCAAAUUCAAAUUUAUUGAUCAACAAUGGUAUCAUGAUGGCUUCACAAUGGGAUUUAACCAAAAUGAGAUUUGAGUUGCAAUAUUUUUCAGAUAUUUCAUUACCAAAUAAUUUCUAUAAAUAUAAUGAUAAUCAUGCAAUAUUUAACAAGGAUAAGACCUUAUUAGCAGUUUAUUUAUAUGUAGAAAAACAAUUAAUUAUUUAUUCAACAGCAUAUGGAACCAAGUUAACAACAUUUACAUUUGUAAAAAUCGAAUGUGAUGAAAUGGUUUUUAUAUACACAGAAGACAACACAGAGCAUUUAUUUGUAGCAUUACAAGACGAAUAUAUUACCAACACAGUCAUUUAUAGAUUCAUGGAUCCAUAUAAUUUAAAUAAUUUUACUGAUAUAACUGAAAUUUAUACAAAGUAUUUAUUUAAAGAUAAUCUAAUUAAAAAACAUCACAAAAAAAAAUUAGCAAAAAAUAAAGUAAUUAAAGUAAUGGAUAAUAAUUUUAUUUUUUUACAAGAAAUUGUAUCAAAAGAAAUUAAAUUGCCAAAUUCACAUCUAAAGAAUUUCAACCAUUUAUUUUUAUCACCAUUUAUACUGGAGAAUCAUUAUGAUAAAGAAUCAGGUUAUUUGAAAUUAAAACAUUUAGGGGCUAAGUUAGAUGAAUAUGAUUAUUUUAAACAAUGCACCCAUUUCUUAUUAAGGUGUAAAAUAUUAGAAAAUGAUGAUUUAUUAUUAAUCACAAGAUUAGGUAUGAUGAUAUUUUCAGUGAAUCUUAAUGAUAAAAUUUAUUUAAAAUACUUUUGGAAUGAUUGUAUUGAACAAGAGAAAAAACAUUGGAUGAGACAUGAAAGUGACAAACAAUAUAUUAAAGGUAGAAUUUUAAAGGGGUUUGACAGCUUUAAAACCUCAAAUAAAUUACCUUCACCUAAUUAUAACCAAACUUGUAUUAGUGAGGUUACUUCAGGGCAAUCAUUUUCUGAAGGCUUUGCCAACUUUAAAAAAUUAAAUAGAUUACCUCCACUUAACUAUAAUUAUAUCUUUGAUAAUUAUGACCAAUCUUAUGCUGGUGGAAAUAACAUUUCAAGGCAUCCAUUCAGAGAUAUGUUAUUAGCAAUAUUAGAAGAUAUUUCUUCGUUUACAAUGUUUGCUGAUGAAAUCUUAAUAUGUGCUUUAGAUAAUCAUAAAGGUUCAAUAGUAGAACUAGUUUGUGAUAAAUGUCUAAAUUUUUUACAACAAAAUCCUGAAAUGAAUCUUGGAUUAUUAACAUUUUUAGUAAACAAAUUACCAAAAUUAAGUAAACAUUAUCCUGGGGUAGUAAAGAGAUUUCUUGAGCAAACGUCAAUGUUAUUGGAUCCUUCUUGUAAAAAAAUCUUUAUAUCAGAUUUGCCAAGUCAUUAUGGAUAUUGCUAUGACAUUGAUUUAUACAGAAAUAAUUUUUUUUGGAACCUAUAUUUUUUAUUUCAUAAUAAUAAUUAUAAAUUUACAAAAAUAAUUGAAAAGUAUUUUGAUGAUUAUCCAAUAUUUUCAAAUAAUUAUGAAAAAUAUUCUUUAAGUUUAGUUGUACCUUUACCAAAAUUCACAAUUGAAGAAAUACAUCAAAAAAUCCAAUCUAUAGAUAAAAAUAAAGACAAAUAUGAACAUCCUCCUAUAAUCUCAGACAAAUUACGUGAAUUAGUAGGAAUUCCUGUACAAAAAUUUAAAAAGGAUUUGUCAAAACAAUAUGAAGAAAUCAAGAAUGAUUUUAAAAGUAUACAAGAAAGUUAUGUGGAAUUAAAAAAUCAAUUGGAUGCUAAUAAUAAAUUUAUGAUUUAUCGAUUGAAAGAAAAUAAUGAAUAUCUCAUUGAAAAACUUACAAAUAAAACUUAA